AUGCAGCGAGCACCGAGCGCCGGUUUAUUCUGUCGGCUGGUUCCUCCGAUGGGCGCAAAAGUGCACGGCGUCGUUAUAUCCGGGCAGCGAUGGGAAGAGCAGAUGCUGACCACUGACGUCAUCCACGAUCGACAACGAGCGGUGCAACAGGGGACGAACCGGGCCGACUUCACGUUCCGCCGGCUACCAAAACAUCCUGCCACGCUCAAAAUAUCCUGCUACGCUCAAAAUAUCCUGCCAUGCUCGGCUCGGGACUUCAACUCAAUUAAUUAUGGCGAUCGAAUCGAUUCUGUUCGCUCUGCGAUAACCGAACCUAGAGACGCUACAAAACCCACCACUGCUGGCAGCAUGGGGGCCGGCCCUUCGCUUGGCAAGUUCCUCAAGAGUAUGGACGAUCACGACCUCGCUGAGCUCGUGCAGAGUGCUUACACACUAGAACCGGAUCGCAUGGAGAAGAUCUUCGCGCUGGCCAAAUCGCGGUAUAACGAAGGACAGCAGCAGCAGCAGCAACAGGCUGACGACGUCGAUGCAGCCGCGCCACUAGCUGUUCCUGCUGUGUCGUUGUCACCUCCUCAGCCAGAACUUCCACCUCCAGCAGCUACAAUAGUAAGCGAGAUGGUAGUACCAGAUUCAUCGAUCGUGGCCUCACCCAUGAAGACUUUGUCUCCUUCUUGUGACGUCAUUGAUGCCGUGACAGCAAUGCCAACCACGGAUGCGGUCCCCGAGGCCAACGACAAUACUUUGGAACUGGGUGGAGUGAAAGACCCGAUGAACGCCCUUUGGACUUUCGAAGGUCAUCCGCUUCGUGAGCUGCAGGCAGCUAAUAAGAACCGGCAAAGGAUUCGUCAUCGAGGACUUCUUCCAACAGAUCGUCCGGACACAAAUGUCGGUGAGACUGACUUGUCCACUGGAGUGAUCGAGCAAACGCCGUGUGAAGUGGACGCAGAGGAGUACCCGGUGAUGUAUGGCAGUUGUGGUCGCGGGAAGCGGUAUGGACGCUGCUCCGUGUGCUACUUUCGCGGUCUCCGCUGCAACACCGCUCACUAUUGUGCCUGUUGCCAACGGUCUGUGUGCAUUCGGCCGCGUAAAUAUCCGGGUGAAGAGCACCACAAAAUAUGCUGGAACGUGCUACAUAUGGACAAGGAUAUGAUCCAGCGUGUAGAGAAAAAGAAAAAGCGCAAGCUGCAAGCUCUAAUUGGUGUAGAAACGACAGCUAUGCCCAUGGCUGUGUCACGUGUGAAGGCUAUUGUCGAAGCAGAAGGGGAGAAGACGGAAUCGGACACGGAGAACAGUCAUCGACAGAAUGGCGGUGUUGACGAGUCUGGCGAUAGUCCCGAUCGAGGACCGUCGAUUCCGACGGUAGUGGCGGAUGUGAGCGGUGCAGUAAACCUGUGA